UUUUCAGUAGUAAAACUAAACUGGUCGUAUGUGGUUGGGUACCUGUAUGUUGGGAACAUCCCUGUGUUUUUAUGUGUGUUGUGUUUCUACACGCGGCAGUGUUUGUGUCACUGAAGAUAUAGAUUCGUGUUCACACACUAUGAAACGGCGGAAAAGGGAUGUGUUCGUGUUGAAAGGUUGAGCACACCUCUAACUUUACGCAAUAGUGAACUUGUAAAUCGAGUGAAAAAUAAAUAAAGGAAAUUUAAUUUCACUUUAUUGGAUAAUUUCAAAACUAAGGGAGACUACUAAAGGGAGAUUAUUCUUGAAUUAUCUUCAAUUUCGUUUCGUAAAUUCCGCUGAAAGAAAAUUCCAAGAAUAGAGAUCGGAGAGAAGAUUUACUGAGAGACAGGACCCAAGAAGGCUCGAAAUGUGGUUCGACACAGUUCGACCGUUCGCCCCAGGGGUGAAGAAAUUCGCUCUCUGCCUCACCUGCCUAUUGAUGAUAGGUGUGGCCCUGGUUUUCAACACAACUAUUGCGUUUGCCGUGGUUGUCUCCCUGUCGGCCAUUCUUAUCAAGAUUUAUAAGAUUGACCCAGAACCCAUCCUGCUCCUUCUGAUGCACGUCAUCAUCACCGCCUCCAUGCUGUACGACCCUACAACUACUUUCGCUUUCAUUGUUGUUGUCGUUGCGGCGGUGGUUACGUUUGCUGACUGCGACCUCCCGGCGGAGAGAGUUGUUGUUUUCGUCAUUUCCGUCACAGUUCCCGCCAUUUUCGGCAAGGUGACGGCCAUUGUGGCCUGUGUUUUGAUCACCUUGGCCAUCUCGGUGUUCAAACUGAGGCCACUCCAGCCCCAGACAGUCUCGCUACUUGGCCUUGGGUCUCUGGCCUUGACCCUGGUCUUCAACAAGGUCGUAGGAUCAGUUCUCGUGUUUUUCUUCAUGGCCGUUGUCACCGGUCUUUUCGUCGUUAACAAGGUGAAGAAAAACCACGAACUGAAUGAACGCAGUGCAUCACCACCCCCUAGAAAUAUUUCCACACACCCCAACGGCUACUUACCUUUAAGCAGUCCACUAGAUAGCCUUGACCUUCACGGACAUACAGUGACCGGCGCGAUGAAAGUGCUGCACUCCUUUCUUCAGGAGCACGAGGAAGCAUAUCGCAGGAACCGCGCCCAGCACAUCCGUCACGUGACCAUCAUCACGGGAGACGGGCAGGAUUCGAACCUGAUCAAACCAACAGUGGUCAACUUUCUCAAGAUCAACAAGUACAAGUUCGAAACACCACCCGACACAACUGGACUGGUCAAGGUGGACCUCGACUCCCACUCCUUCUGAACUUCUGGCACCGACUGGAACCCUAGCAGACAUUCUAUAAAUAGCUACAGCCAAUGGGUCUCGGCCUUACACAGCUGCCGGAAUUAAAGGGCGGCGCUGAUUGGACCCCUGGUGUUGACCAAUGAGCGAGACUGUUGGAACUCAGCUCAACAAAAUCAACAGAACUGUAUAGAUCACGUAAUCUCCUGGGAAAUGGGUUCAUGAAAUGACGUCACAAAAAUUUGGAAAAAAAAUUAAUUACAUACCCUUUUAUUUAAAAUGUUGUUUUUAUUUUAACAACUGUAAGGAAAUUUUGUUUUAAAUGCAUUUUAGGCUGUACUUAAUGGCUUAAACAAAAUAUAAAGAUUUUAAUCUAAAGUUUAUAUUCGUAAACAAAGCAGCAACACUAUUUUAUUUUUUGAGAUUGUUAUUUUUUAAUAAGUGAUCGUUUUAAAGAGUGGUAUUUGAAAAAUCGCCUAAUCAACAAUUUACUAGAUUAUUGGUAAAGAAAAAAUUGUUUUUUUUUUUAAUUUUUUAAUAAAUAAAUAUAAUAUUUAUAAUCACAAUAAGGAAUAUUAAAAUCAUUUAUUUUUCCAUUAUUAAACUAUUUUCUAGUUUUUACAUUUUUUACUGUAUAUUGAUCUGACUGCCUUACUUUUUAUGUGAUACAUUAAUGCAUGUAAUCGUCUUCCUCUUGUUGGUAUGUUUGUCUACGUGUUUAUAUGUCUGUAUGUCUGAGCUUUUCUCUCUGACCUCCUACAGUUUACCAACGGAGAAGUUUGUAUUAAAUAAAAACAUCGACAAA